AUGCAGCACGGCGUGCUCAGGCUCGACCUGGCCGGUCGCGACCUCACGGACUACCUCAUGAAGAUUCUGACCGAGCGCGGCUACUCGUUCACCACCACCGCCGAGCGCGAGAUCGUGCGCGACAUCAAGGAGAAGCUGUGCUACGUCGCCCUCGACUUCGAGCAGGAGAUGAGCUCGGCCGCCGCGUCGUCGGCUCUCGAGAAGUCGUACGAGUUGCCCGACGGCCAGGUCAUCACCAUCGGCGACGAGCGUUUCCGUGCCCCGGAGGCGCUCUUCCAGCCGUCAUUGGUCGGCAUGGAGGCGGGCGGCGUCCACGAGCUGAUCUACAACACCAUCCACAAAUGCGACCAGUCCCUGCGCGCUGAGCUCUACGGCAACGUCGUGCUCGCCGGCGGCAGUACCAUGUUCCCGGGCCUGGCGGAGAGAUUGUCGAAGGAGCUCACCACCCUGGCACCCUCCAGCCUCAAAAUCAAGGUGAUCGCGCCACCCGAGAGAAAGUACAGCUCGUGGAUCGGAGGGUCGAUCCUCGCGUCGCUGUCCACCUUCCAGAACGCCUGGAUCACCAAGGAGGAAUACGACGAACAAGGCCCCAGCAUCGUCCACGCGUACGCCCCCCCCCCAUCGCCUUGGUGCCCAAGAGCCACACCUCAUGUUACCUGCUCUUUCCACGCCCUGCAGCAAGUGCUACUGAGCCGUGCCGCGGCAGUCCCAGAGCUCUACGACGGCGGCCCACACACACAUGGGCAUGGGCAUGGGCAGGGCAGUAUGCGAGUCAAGUCUUGUCCCAAUGGUUGCGCGAAUGGUAUUUUGUUUGCGCUCUCCGACUUGCGACCCUUGUGGUGGUGGCCUUAG